AGUGGCCGGUACGGCGACCACAAAGACGUGUACUUCAGCCCCCCAGCAACCAUAAACAAUGGUAACUACAAAAUUGUUUGGGGUCCGACAACGAAUGCGUGGAGCAAGACCCUCUUUGACAGUAGCGCCAAGGAGCUUGUCGACGAUAGGAAGACAGCUUGUGCAUUAUUCAUGUAGAUAUGGAGGUGCUGUGUGUUGA